ACAAUGUGUGACAGUCACUGCCAUACACAGCACAAGACAGGAAUGACAGGGUUACUGGAAGAGAGAGAGGAAACAUCAUUUACCAUCUAAAAUCAUCAUGGAAUCAGUGAUCGGCACUUCUUUAAUUGGAGAUGUACAUGUGUGAUGAGUUUGGACCCUUGCAGCCUCUCUUCAGAAGAACCAAACAUCAGAGACUAAGUUAACUGGACUUUAUUGCAUAGAUUUUCAGGACUUUUUGAGGAAAAGAAAUAAAAUAAAGCACGUUCUCUGGUUUGGGUCUAUCUAAACAUCUAAACACAUGUGGCAUUUCAACAGGAGCUUUAACCUGUUUGGUCUGAACUGACUGAACCACACAAACAGGGAGUGGAUCAUGGGUAAGACAGCCAUAUAUGAAGGCAUCUGAGAUCCAAAUGGAGGAAGUUGUGGAUGAAUAAUGGCCGACAAGACCGGUCCCAUGGUAGCCUCUGUGCCAAAUCACUCAGUGACAAAUCUCACCACUGCCCCAUGGGAGCCCAAUCCUACAGUUCCUGCCAAUGUGGGUGUCGUCACAAGCUCCCAGUCACAGAUCAAAGACCUUUUUGGGUUGUUCUGCAUGGUGACCCUUAACCUCAUUGCUUUGUUGGGCAACACUGGUGUGAUGGUGGCCAUUGCUCGUGCUCCGCACCUGAAGAGGUUUGCUUUUGUGUGCCACCUUUGUGGAGUAGACCUACUGUGUGCCAUACUCCUCAUGCCUUUGGGUAUCAUAUCCAGCUCACCGUUUUUUGGCACUGUGGUGUUCACUGUUCUGGAGUGUCAGGUUUACAUCUUUCUCAAUGUUUUCCUCAUCUGUCUGACGAUUCUCACCAUCACGGCCAUCAGCGUGGAGCGUUACUUCUAUAUCGUACACCCCAUGCGUUACGAGGUCAAGAUGACCAUCAACCUCGCUAUUGGCGUCAUGGUCCUAAUCUGGGUUAAGUCAGUCCUCUUAGCUUUGGUCACAUUGUUUGGAUGGCCGGCGUAUGGACAUCAGAGCUCUAUUGCCGCGGCUCACUGCUCUCUCCAUGCGAGCCACAGUCGUCUCAGAAGUGUGUUUGCUGUGCUCUUCAGUGUGAUCUGCUUCCUGGUUCCUGCUGCAGUCAUCUUUGCUGUUUACUGUGCCGUAUACAAGGUGGCCCGUUCCGCAGCCCUGCAGCAAGUCCCUGCCGUGCCAACAUGGGCAAAUGCAAGCCCUGCUAAGAAUCGCUCAGACUCCAUCCACAGCCAGACCACCAUGAUCUCCACCACCCGCACUCUGCCCCAAAGAUUAUCUCCAGAGAGGGCCUUCAGCGGUGGCAAAGCUGCCCUUACUUUGGUAUUUAUUGUGGGCCAGUUCUUGGUUUGUUGGUUGCCCUAUUUCAUCUUUCACCUACAAAUGUCUCUGACUGGCUCCAUGCAGAGCCCCGGAGACUUAGAGGAGGCGGUCACCUGGCUAGCCUACUCCUCCUUUGCGGUUAACCCGUUCUUCUACGGGCUGUUGAACAGGCAGAUCAGAGAGGAGCUGGUAAAGUUUCGACGCUGCUGCUUGACCCAACCGUCAGAGUUUGGGGCAUCCAGCCACGAAGGUUCCCUUCAGGAGAACUUCCUCCAGUUUAUCCAGAGAACCAGCAGCACAGCUGAAAACACAUCUGGCUGUAACAACUCCCAUCCCAGAAACACUACAAAUCAGGGGAUAAAGAUCCCUGGACAAAUACCAGAGGAGCACGCUUAGACAUUGACCAACAUGAAUUAUGGACUACAGUGCUAACAUAUAGGCCAUGUCAGAUUUUUACGUUUGCAGACCAUUUUUUCUUGAACGAUGGGUUCACAUUUGACUGCAGGUCUAUCUGAAAACAAUACUGACCAUUAAACAAUUAUUUGUCACUGUAAAUGUUCCUGCUGUUCAUACAGGUGACAAAGAGAAAUUUCAGUGGAAGUGAUAUUGGACAAAAGCCACAGUCAUUGUCGUGUGCAAAAGUCCCCACUUGAUUUGGAUAGUUCCACCUCCUGAAGCCUCAAGUUUUUUUUACCAUCGAACAAUGACUGUGGAUUUUGUCUCCAACAUGAGGGGAUCACUUUAUUGCCAGCAUGGACAAGAGGAACAACUAUAACAACCAACGAUCCUUCCAAUGUAAAUAUGGACAUGUCAGCAUUGUUUUAAGGUAAACUUAAAAAAAGUGAACCUAUUCUUUAGUGCAUCUCUAAUGUCCAAUGCCUUUUAUUGUCUAAUUCAGGUAGGCUUUUUCAUUUUAUGUCAAGGUGCUAUGGCUGUACUGUAACAUGAAACACUGAAGUAGUGAUUCCCUGUGCUUUGUUUCCAUUCAUGUUAGAGUUCACCUGAUUUUAAUGAUGUUUGUAGAAAUAUUUUAUAUGUUUAUAAAUGUGAAAAUCUGGAGUGUAACUGCAAUAACAAGGACAUGAUCGGAUGGAUAUUUAAAUGUUGUUUUUUGUAUUUAAUCGGAACAAUUUAUAUUCCUUAUGAAUAUGAGUUUAACUGUAUCAUUUUUUCAUGUCAAUAACAAUGUGUAUAUGGUGACUGAUGUAGAUUUUGACAAGCAGUGGUCCUUAAAGAAUACCUUGAUAAACAGCAGCAGCAUAGUGUGACUCCCACAUAUCACUAAAUAAUCCUUUUGGAGCACUAACACAGCGGCCACAGGAGCUCUCAUGAAUCUGAGAGACAAUACCUCGGAGUUCCUGUGUGCAACAGAUACGCUGAUAGACGGUGAAUGUCAUCUAUCCAUGUUGUCAUGGAGAUUGAGUGUGCCUGUGACUCACAUAGCAACAAAGACCUUUCGGCUUGAUGUAUACUUUAGCUUUAGAUCCUGAUUGGAGUCGACUAAUUCUGGCUCAUGCCUGCUUUCCAGGUGCACACUGACACACACACACACACACAGAGCGUAUAGGUUCAGAUGGAUGUAAACAGAGGCUGAGGGUAAAGUAGCACAAGACACCCUGCAAAUAUGGACUGCUAUAGUAGCGACACGGGUACAGUGAGAUGGUAAAUUUGCAAUGGAAAUCGUUACCAGCCAUUGAUAAUGCUCUGAGAGUGGUAACAAAGUGCUAUUUUAUGGCCUCUACUGUUUGUAUUAGUCUUUCACAAACAGCAGACACGACGAAUAAAGAAGAACAGUGUGGUUAAAGCAAAUAACGGCAAACACCAUUUUGCUGUAUGGCUGUCACAAACUGGGGUAUACACCCCUCUUACAUAACUGUGGUUGUGCAUUUAAUACAUUGAGGUGAACACUGCAUUAGCUUUCUCAACAGGAGGAUACAAGUACUGUUCUACAUAAACACACAGCACAUAAUGUGGGUAUGGAUAUCAUCCUGGAUUACUGAGUUCUUCUAUCUUUAUACUCAUUGUCUCUUUGUCUAAGUGUUUAUCUCAUUUAAUUUUAUCAUCACAAAUGUCUAAUCACAAGACCUACAGGUCAAAUUUUACAUUAUUUAUCAGAUGCCUCAGAAUUCAGGACAUGACAGCUGCUUGAGGUGAAAAAAAUUUACAACAUGCAUGCUGAGAUUUGAAUUUCAUGAACCCUUGUCUCCAUACAAUGAUAACAAUAGGCACGGAACAAAAAAUAAACUGACUCUAGGUACAAAUCUAUGAAUACAAAUUAGGGGCACAGUCUGGAUUACCAUCAUAUCUCUUAUUGUGACCUGUCUGAAGGACUUUUUCUGUCACUAUCCAUCACAUCAUUAUUCACGACCUUCAAAACUCUGUAUUUUUGAGUUCAAGUUGAAUAAAACCAGAACAGAAAGACAUGUUCCAAAAACAUCUGGAAAGGCAGGUGUGAUUGCUGGAGCCCAGCACGUUGAUUCUGUCUCAUCAAAAAAAAAGAAUUUGUCUAAUCAAGUUGUA